UACAACAUAGUGAUUAGACAAUUAUAUAACUUACAAAGUGAUCACAAGACAAUUUUUGAUACGCAGCAGUGCUCUGCGGGUGGGAGAGAACUGGCAUCCCAGAUAGGACCAGCAAACGAUUGUAGUUGUUGCCAUGGUCCCCCUGACGCUCUCCCAAAGCUUCUGCGUCACACGUCACGUGGCAUUAGACAAUAUGGCGCCGCCCAGAAUCCUGCCCACGUGGUUCUGGCAGGCAAGAUGGCGGCGGCAGCCAGCCCGACUUCACUUGAGUCGGCCCCGCGGAUCUUCCGUCUGGUGGCGGAGUGCAGCCUCUCUAGGGCCCGAGCAGGAGAGCUGCGGCUGCCGCACGGACCGGUGGCCACUCCGGUGUUCAUGCCAGUGGGCACACAGGCCACCAUGAAGGGCAUCACAGCGGAGCAGCUGGACGCGCUGGGCUGCCGCAUCUGCCUGGGCAACACCUACCAUCUGGGUCUGAGGCCGGGCCCCGAGCUGAUCCAGAAAGCGCACGGUCUCCACGGCUUCAUGAAUUGGCCCCACAAUCUGCUGACGGAUAGCGGCGGCUUCCAGAUGGUGUCCCUAGUGUCCCUGUCCGAGGUGACGGAGGAGGGCGUCCGCUUCCACUCCCCCUACGACGGCGACGAGACCCUUCUGAGCCCGGAGAGGUCCGUGGAGAUCCAAAACGCGCUGGGCUCGGACAUCAUCAUGCAGCUAGACGACGUGGUCAGUAGCACUGUGACGGGGCCACGUGUAGAGGAGGCCAUGUACAGAUCAAUCCGCUGGCUGGACCGUUGCAUUGCAGCCCAUCGGCGGCCGGACAAGCAAAAUCUCUUCGCCAUCAUCCAGGGUGGGCUAGAUGCGGAUCUCCGGGCCACCUGCCUGGAAGAGAUGACCAAGAGGAACGUGCCGGGCUUCGCCAUCGGGGGCCUGAGUGGGGGUGAGAGCAAGGGCCAGUUCUGGAGGAUGGUGGCGCUGAGCACUUCGAGCUAUGCCACUGAUCUGGUGGUCUGCGUGGCUCUUGGAUGCGACAUGUUCGACUGCGUUUUCCCCACGCGGACAGCGCGCUUUGGCUCUGCCCUGGUGCCCACCGGCAACCUGCAGUUGAAGAAGAAGCAUUUUCAGAAGGACUUCCGCCCCAUAGACCCCGAGUGUUCCUGUCCCACCUGCCAGAAGCACAGCCGGGCCUUUCUGCACGCACUACUCCACAGCGACAACACCGCCGCCCUGCACCACCUCACUGUUCACAACAUCGCCUACCAGUUGCGGCUGAUGGGAGCGGUGCGCGCCAGCAUCGUGGAGAAACGCUUUCCCGACUUCGUGCGGGACUUCAUGGGCACCAUGUAUGGGGACCCCACCCUCUGUCCCACCUGGGCCACUGAAGCCCUGGCCUCUGUGGGAAUCACUCUGAGCUGACCCGGCUUGGGGGCCAGGGGGAGGGGCUGGAAGAUAUUGAAGGAUUUGGUUUUUUAUUGUAACUCAGAGUGUGUCUGUGCCUUCUUGGGGCGGUGGCCUGUAUUGGUCCCAUUCCUGGUCUGAGUGUCAUCACGUCUGAUGUCCCUUGCUUCCCUUUGAUAGUAACUAAUAACCAUAGUAACAGCUGGUAUCUGGCAACCACUUGGCACAGCCCAGUAUGAAGGAAGUGGCCCAGAGUGAGAGCUGCAUUCCUUUGCCCAUGGCUUAGGCCCCCCAGCCACUCUAGGGGUGGGCACUUGUCCUCCCACUUUUUACAGGUGAGCAAACAGGCCCAGGGAGGGGAAGUAGCUUGCCCAAGGUCACCAUUGAGGAAGUAGCAGCCUGGCUCCAGAGCUCAUGCCCUUAGCCUUGUCUCUCCCAACAUGUGGCUUCAUCUUGUUGUCAGAAAACACAGUGAUAAUGACAAUAGGUGUGAUCUAGCAAAUGCUUACACGAUGCCUGACCUUGUUCUAAAUGGUUGUUAUGUGUAUUGUAUUUUUGCAACUUUAUGUUGCAUGAAUAGCUAUGUUCCUCAUUUUACAGAUGAAGAAACAGGUUUAUGGGAAUCAAGUCACUUGGUCUUUAUCACCCAGCAAAUAAACAGGCCCAGGAUGUAACCCAGAUAUGGCCAAUUACAGAGUUGGUGCUUUU